AUGCGACAUCUAUCAGCGUUGGAGCCUGCAAAGGCUCAGCAAAAGCUCAAAGCGCGUAUGCCGCAACGGCGGGUGCAGUACGGAGUACGGACUCGAAUGUGUGUGUCCAAGACGACGUCCGAGGGCGUGGAUGAAGUGGAGGAUGACGACAUGGCCUACCACGGGGUAUGUGGGGAUGACGGCGAGAACGAGGAGAUGACGUCCAUCGGUUCCAGUGAAGAUGAAGACGAGUACGGGUUUUAA